AUGGAGUGUGUCACUGUUGCCAUGGCAAUCAAAAUUCAUGAAAGGGCCGAUUUGACUCUCUCUGGCCAGGGACAUUUUAUUUCAUUGGAGUGUACAAUGGCAAGAGGUAUUUUUUUCUUCUUCUUCUUCUUCUUUUUUUUAGGUGGGUGGGUUAAAUUAUUGCACCCAACUUUCAUAGUAGUAGAAAAACAACACUGGUUAACUGCUGGAAUGUAGUGAGUAGAUCCCAAUCGCUACUGGCAGUCUCUAUUUGCAGGGCUGGUUGAAAAUAAUGAACUUGCUUAUUUGUCUUAAAUUCAGCUUCUAACUAUGCUUAGUCCAUGGUAUAGAUAGGUGCAUGUUAUGAAAAACUGACCAUUUGGUUGUUAUGCUCCCAUUGGUCGAGUUGCUCUGAUGUCACAGAAUGUUCACAAACAUUCUAGCUAAUCAUGUUGCUGAGUUUUAAAUAUGCAGCUCACAAUGCACACCUCAAAGAUAAAAUAAGUAUUACAGACUUCAAAGCUCUUCUCCAGCUCAGAAUACCAAAAAAAGAAAGAAAAAGUUUUCACAUAGGGACAGCAGAAUUUUAAAUGUAAUUUUAUUUCUUCCCAGAAGUUCAGAGACAACCUCUCCUACUUGAUGAACAGAAAUGGUCACUGCUUUCCCACCCACAUUCCCCGCUGUACAACUCUGUAUUCAUUUUAUUUGCAAGAGCUUGUCCUGAACUGACUUGCAUCAACUGAGCAUAAAAGCUUUCUUUUAAAAAAUGUAAUGCAUAAUAUAAUUUUAAUCCAACAAUGGAUCUGGUUAUCCUUAUUUUGGGAGAGUUAUGACUCAUGUGCUUUCCGCAUUGUCUGUCUUCUGGAUAGGUAGUUCUUGCCCAGCCACAAGGGAGGAAAACAUCAGAUGUGUCUACAACAAGAGAUAUGCUUUCUCCAAAUUUCCCCAAAGAAAAGAAAACAGGGGAGAAAAGGAACAAAUAUUUCCCAGGAACAGGACUUGUCCCCGCUAAACCAAGACAGAGAGUACAUGAAGUGGACUGUGCUGUUAUAGUCAGUAGAUCUUCACAAACAUGACUCACUAACACCUAAAUGGAGAACACCAUGCGUACAGGCUUAAUAAAUGCAUGGAUUUGGGGGGAAUGAGACAAUGUUAUU